CUGAGAAACAAACUUCUUUGAAAAUUAACCCAAACUUGAGACCUUGUUGACUUAUCCAUUUCUGAAUUCCAAGUCGACCCAUCUCUUAAUUUGAUCUCUAUUUAGUUUUCCCCUUUUUCCUGUUCGUAGCUCUUUUUCUUCGUCGAAUUUUCUGAGGGAAAAGGGGAAAAAGGAGGGUAAAUAAAGGAAGAAAGAUGGGAUCUUCUGAAAGUAAAGCUGCUGAUUCCAAAGCUAACCGAAUUGCUCGAUGGCGAUCGACUGGCAUUGUUGCCUUACGUGAAGCUAAAUUAAAGACAUUUCCUGAUGAAGUUCUUGAUCUGGAUAAAUCUGUACGAACUCUCGAUUUAACGCAAAAUAAAUUAGUUGAAAUUCCUAUGGAGAUCAGCGAACUAGUCAACAUGCAGCGACUGAUUUUAGCCUCUAAUCAUAUUGAGCAAUUACCAAGUACUAUGGGGAAUCUUCAGUCUCUGAAAGCUAUGAUACUUGAUGGGAACCGAAUUACUUCUUUGCCAGAUGAAUUGGGCGAGCUGGUAAAACUCGAGAAGUUAUCAAUUUCUGGAAAUAUGUUAAUGUCCUUGCCCAAUACUAUUGGCAGUUUGCGCAAUUUGUCUCUGCUUAAUGUGUCUAAUAAUAAAUUGAAGUAUCUUCCUGAAUCAAUUGGGAUCUGCUCUUCUUUGGAAGAACUGCAAGCAAAUGAUAAUCUUAUUGAAGAACUUCCUGCAUCUGUUUGUAAUCUUGUUCAACUAAAGUCACUUAGCUUAAACAAUAACAAAGUCAACCAGAUACCUCCUAAUAUAUUGAAAGACUGUAAAGCUCUCCAGAAUUUCUCACUUCAUGACAACCCCAUUUCGAUGUCUCAGUUUCAACAAAUGGAUGGAUUCGAAGAAUUUGAAGCAAGGAGGAAAAAGAAGUUUGACAAGCAACUUGACUCGAAUGUGAUGAUUGGUUCCAAAGGCCUUGAUGAGGGUGUUGAUCUAUAACUCCUUUGCAUUCAAAGUUCUGGUGAGGAAUGGAAAAUGGUCAAGCUUGAGCUUCAGCAGUCGAGGCGAGCCUGGAAUAGUUGGUUAUUAUCUUGACAACAUUAGACAUCAAAUAGCUUGGUGUUGCAGUUUGGACUCAAUUGUAUACUUACAAGACAAACAACAAUGUGUACUUUCAAAUUUCUAUCGGAUUUUAUUGUAAAAUGAUAUAUGCCCGUAAUUUGCAGGGCUGUAUAUUAAACAACUUCUUGUCUUUCUUGUUAGAGAAUGAUUGAUUCCAUUCAAAUAUUAUGCCCCUUCUAAAUGAAGGGAG